UUAACAUGCGUUUUAUUGCCAUGUUUAUCACUGCAGUUUGCGUGGAUUCAACUCAGUACAUUUUAAUUAUACUUUACAGAAGAGCUUUAAAGAUGUGUACGAGAGGGAAAUUACACCAAGAUAAAAAAAAUCUGGGGUUUUCAACACCGGAUUGAAGCUAACCUGUGAACAGGCUCCCGGCGAGGACGGAAAAAAAUUUCGCUAGAUCGGCGAGCGCGAAACAGAACAAUUCGGAGAGCAAAGCGAUCGUGGGAGCCUGUUCGCAGGCUAGAUUGAAGCUAGUGGUGAAUGAUUCUUAACAUAAUAAAUGAUGGCACACAUCACGCUUUUUGUUUCAUUUCUCACUGUAAACCAUUGCGCGCCUAAAUAUGGCACUGUUUUAAAGACCGAAGUAUCGCGUUCCUUCAAAGAAUUUCAGUCAUAAAAACUCAUUUUUGCGGAUUUUCCUGUAUUUCAUUUAAACAACAAAACAGUCCACAUUGAUACCAAGAGUUUGUUGCUUCCCAUUUUAUUCCUCGAGCGUCGACAUUUUGAGAGGAAAACGAGAUAAAAAGACCGUGUUGUUAUUGUUCUUCAUUGUCGAAAGUGACAUGAAAACUGGCUACAUAUAUAUAAGUCUAUUGACUGGGUGUCCUGUGCGAUACGGAUCAUUGAUAUUCACCAGUUGCAAAUUUAUAAGCAAUCAUUUAUAAUAUAUGCAGAACUAGUAAAGCAAACUCACGCAAUCAAAGUCUCAUUUGCAUCUGAAGUGGAAUUGUACUGAAUACGUUCUUGUUUGACUAAUAUUUUUAUUCAUCUCUCGCCCUGAGACAUGGCACCAGUUGAAGGCAACGAAGGUGAAGAACUGGUCGAUGGAAAUGACAAUGGUACACCAGCAAAAGACGACAGCGAGCGAGUCAUUACAGUCGUGGCGUUUUUCUCGUUCGGGUUUAUCUUGUAUUCGGUUUACUCGCUGCUGAUAGCUGCCGCUGAAGAUAUCUUGAGGGGCAGUGAUAUUCCAACCUCGGCUGUUAUUUCAUGUAUUAUCGGACCGUAUGUGUUGAUAACUCUCGUGUCGCCUUAUUUUGUUCAGAAGAUCCCGUACCUGCCUCGCAUUAUCGUGGUGUUUGUCUUGUACGAAGUUGGCUUGUUCUGUUUGGUUUACGUGUCGCGUGUUGAGACGAAGCUGCUUUCUGUGUGCUUGGUGUCUCUCGCGUUCGGUGUGGGAGAGAUGUCGAGCAUAGCCAUGACAUCGUUCUAUAAUAAAGUUAUUGUCGGAGUGUUUUCAGCUGGGACUGGUGUCGGAUUCAUUACAGCUCCUCUUUAUUACACAGCCAUGACAACGUGGUUUUGUGUGUCCUCCGAGACUACAACAGUGACAGUAGCUGGGCUUGUUGUUCUUUAUUUGAUAUUCUACUGGCUGAUGGAGAGAAAGCACAGCAAACCAACAACAAGAAAACCAGGACAGUUACCCUUCGACUAUGUACAAUACGAAACAGUUGACCAAACCAAAAGUACAGAGAAUAAACAAGACGAACCCUCCCCACCCCUGCUGACAACAGCACAGAAGCUACAAGCCAUAAAACAGAUUCUUCCAACAAUCCUUUGCGUGGUGAUUUCGUGGAUGUCCGAGUUCUUAGUCACCCAAGGUGUUAUCACGACGUACGCAUUUCCAAACUCACCCUUCCCCCCUCGGGAUCAUUACCAGUACUACAUUACGUUAUUUCUCUUGGGAGAAUUCAUCGGUAGAUCAUACCUCGCUUUCGUUUCGUUGAUCAAACAAGAAUUCCUUCCCAAAGUCAUGAUUCGAAAGUUAUGGCUCUUGACUGUGAUAGAAGUUAGUAUUCUUGUGUUCUGUCUUUUUGCCGCCUGGUACCGUUUCCUUCCCAGUGUAACAAUACUGCUGUUUAUUUCAUUCUUGGCUGGUCUCAUCAUCGGAAUUAUGUACGCUAAUGUGCUGCAGGUGUUUACUAAUUCGUACGAGUUCCCCCUGCGGGAAUUUGUUCUGGGGUUUGUAGCUGUAGCCACGGGCAUGGGGAUUUUAAUCGCUGGCUUGCUUGGACUCGUAGUGGAACCUUCCUUCCGACGGCACUGCCUCACAAUAACUGAUCUGUCGGAGUAUUGUUUCACAAGAACAGAUCCAAAUAAACUCUCUAAUAUCACUUCCUUAUGCUCUCAGUAAUUGGUGGGUUUGUGACGGAUUGAAUUUAAUUGAAUUCUUGGAUAACGAUGAUAAACCGUAGGCCCCGUCUUAAAACUCUUCAUAAUUAAUUCUGUGGGACGUAAAAGAACCCACACAUUGAUCGAAAAGAGUAGGGGGACGUAGUUCCCGGUGUGGUGGUCUAUCCUUCAUCUGAUAGUUAAAUGCUCGGAGAUAUUACCUGCAUACUCUGAAAUCCGAGGGUAAAUACAGUAAUGUAUGUAUGUAUGUAUUUGGCUAUCUUAUUUCCAAGUUUGUAAAUAGAAUUGUUUGUUCCACUCUACUGAAAUAAAAAGACUUUCACAUUUAAUUAGUUUGAAAAUCUUUGCAGUGUUGCCUGAAUCAGAGGAAACUUCUAGAUAGUCCAAACCUACUUAUUACGAAAACAAGUCACAACUUUUCUGUCGAAAUCAACUUAUUUGUAAAAUAUAAACGCUACCGUUCAGGAAUGGGGUUGGGGCGCGGGUUAUCAUUAGAGUAUUGGUUCAAAUACAACCAAUGAACAUACGAAAAUUGCGUUGACUGAUCGCCUGACUGACUGACCGACUUCCGUCAGCUGACAAACGGACUGACCGGGUGACUGUCCGACUGUGUUACUGGCACUUGUCUGAAUAAAUGACUCACUGAGCAUCGGACCAUCUGAUUGAAUGGCCGAGAGUAACUCAAUGAAUAACUGUUUGACCGACUGACUGACUGACCGACCAACCGACGACUUACCGGCCGAACGAUUUACUUACUGAUUCUCUGAGUGACUGACUCACUGAAUGACUGUCUCUCUAGCUUCUGUCUGAAUAAAUGACUGACUGACCAACAGACUGCCUGACUUGAUGGCUGACUACGACUCAAUGAAUGGUCGACUGUCUGCCUGGCCAGGUAAUUUACGCACAGUCAA